AUGAGCUUGGCUCAGCUCCACAAUUGUCUCAGCGCCGCAUGCGACAUCCAGGCCGUGUUCAACCGGCAUCCUGACCUGCACUCGGGUUCUUGUCGGCUGCAGCUUGGCCGCAUUGAGGCGACUGACCACCUACGUUGCCAUCACUGGGACGCUGACCUCACACCUGCUAAUUGCAACAUUCCCACUUCAUGGCUCACUGGUUGCAACCAAGCCCACGCAAUCCUCUCCACCUCCCAACUCUCGCCGGACGUCUACAACUACGACAGCCUUCUCAUAGGCUCCGGCGUUGACUUCCUGCGGCCACUCGGUGGCAACAAAUAUUUUGGCAUCUCGUCGGAUGAUGCUGGCAAGGAUCCCUCUAACCCAGCACCUCUCACCCCCAUUCCUGACGACCACCAUCAAACUCAACACAGUGCCGAUGAGAAUGCUGCUGACAAAGCUGAGGUCCGCGAGUUCGAAGAUGGGCUCGAGGACUUCAUUUUGGAUGAAGUGGUCGACCCGGACUUGACUCCGCAUGAUCCACCCCCUGGCAUGCUGCCUACUCCAUCUGGCCCCGGUAUACGGCCCCUCGACUGGUGCCUCUACAAGGGCAACUGGGUGCACAAGGCCUCAAUCAUCCGGAUCCUCAUCAACACCGGCUUCAAUUGCAAGUCCCUCAACAGGCUCGGACGCUGUGCCUCGUUCACCAAGUCUCUCAAAUGCAAGAACACCCACACCUCACCAGCUUGA